UAUCAGUGGACAGUGGGCACUGGUGAGUCCACGACCGGUCGACCGCUAUCAUCAUUCAUUGAUUCAUUGGAGACGAAGAGCGAUGAAUCUGUUGCUACCAGGCGGAGCUGGAGGACCCUCACUCUCCUCUUCGCAUCUAUGCUCCCUCAAAUUCAUUCACCCUCUUCCCCCUCUUUUCUCCUCCAUUUCAAACCCUUCUCACACGCCCAAGCUUCGCUGCAAGCCCCUCACUCUCGCCAGAGCCGACACCGGAGCUUCUCGCCCCACUGCGACCACCGCCGCGCCCACUUCAACGCCUCUGAACGAUGAGGACGCAAUAUCUUUGGUCACCCAAGACGAGGUUCCUCUUGAAGGUGUUAUCCAGUUCGAGAAACCCGAUUAUUCUUCCAAAAUUGCCAAAUGGGGCAAAGUGGCAUUGCUAGCUGGUGGGGAUGUCGCGGCAUUGCUGUUGUUCUCCGCCGUUGGAAGAUUCAGCCAUGGUUUUCCGGUUUUUGAGUCUGAGACUUUGCGAACAGCUGACCCCUUUAUUGCUGGGUGGUUUUUGAGUGCAUAUUUUCUUGGGGGUUAUGGAGAGGAUGGUCGAGGUACGAAUGGCCUGUUUAAAGCAUUUAUUGCUGCAACAAAGUCUUGGGCUUUAGGUAUCCCGUUGGGUUUAGCCAUAAGGGCUGCAACAGUGGGUCACGUACUGCCAGUCAACUUUGUAACAGUCACCAUGGGGAGCACUGCCGUAUUACUUAUUGGAUGGAGAACGCUGUUGUUUAGCAUUCUUCCCGACGAUCGGAAGAAGAAGAACGAUGUAUAUAAGCGCGGUAGUCCAUUUGAACUUUUCGAGUUGCUGACAUCUUUGGUUAGAAGAUGGUGAAUGAUGGGUAGCAACAACAUUGAGCUUUCUUGUCUGUAGUAAUUCUCUGAGAAGCCAAUUUUCAAAGUUGUACAUGUUUUCUGUGAUCAAGAACAAGUGCAAUAUAUACUGCCAUUAUACAAUUUUAACAGUAUUUGAUCAUAUAUAUAAAAUAUAUAUGGCAUUACAUCAAUUCUGGCAA